CGACCGAGUUGCGAAUAGCAGCCAUGGCAUCGUCGCGCAAGCAGUAUACCACAAUCAAGCAGGCGAUCAUGCUGUGGGAGAAGAAGCAUGGGGUGUCGGCGUCGGACGCCGAGGUGGUCAAGCUGUACAUGCAGCUGCCACCUAUUCGUGCGAUGGACUCGAACCUGUCGACGCUGACGGCGGUCAAGCAUCUGGCGCUGUCGACCAACGCGAUCGAGAAGAUCUCGCACUUGUCCGGCUUGCACAACAUUGUGACGCUCUCGCUCUCGCGGAACAACAUCAAGAAACUGGAGAAUCUCGAGCCGAUUUCAGGCACGCUGCAGAAUCUGUGGAUCUCGUACAACUCGAUCGAGCGGCUGGUGGGCAUCCGGCUGUGCAAGAAGAUCAAGCAGCUGUACAUCCGCUACAACAAGGUCAAGGACUGGUCGCAGUUUGAGUACCUCAUCGAGCUUCCCGAGCUGGAGGAUCUGGAAUUCCUCGGCAACCCGCUCGAGGCCAAGCUGACCGAGGACGGAGCCGACUAUCGCGCCAUGGCUCUGGAGCGCCUGCCGCGCCUUAAGCGCCUCGAUGGCGUCGCCGUCGUCCGUGAUGAGGAGGAGGACAGUGCUGCCGCCGAGGAAGAGCGCGCGCCCAAGCCGACGGCCCCAUCGGCUCUCCCGCCGGGCAUGCGCUCCCAGGGCCGUCGCCAUUCGGUUGCGCCCGGCGCCCGCGCCCUCCGCACCAUGCCCGGUCGCCGCGGCUCUGUCUCGCGUCGCCCAUCGGUCGCCUCAACCAAGCGCGGCUAAGCCGCCCUCCCCCUCCCCACGAACUAACCCCCACCAUGAAAGCCAUGAAAAGCCA